AUGGCACAUCAAUUUCGUUUAGGAAAUUGGCUAAGAGAGGAGAGCAGCCCGGUUCGCGAAGCAAGGCAAUUAAGAUAUAUGAGGCUAAUCAAUUCUUCAGAUAAUCAUGCUUCAUCUUCAUCCUCUUCUCCUCCAAGAUUAUUUGGUUCGUCUCUUGGCAUGGUUCCUACUAGUUACAAUGCUUUGGGGGGUAGUAGCAGCAACAACAACAAUAACCCUAGCACUAAUUCCCACUUCAUCAAUGGAGGACUGGCACGCGCAUCGUUCAUCCCGGCUAGAGAAACUGGAGCUGGACCUGCUGUAGGAUAUGACUACCAAAGAAGUGGACCUCCUGCAGGAAAUAGUAGUAAUGCUAAUUCCAUUUCAUCAUUCUAUGGAGGAAUUAACAACAACACCACCACCACUGGUGGUCCUAGCAACGAUGAUGAUCAACGUCGUGCUAAUUUAUUGUUAAAGAGAAGCAGAUCACCAAAUGCAUUAAAUAGAGGUGAAACUUCUGCUCAAGGUUCACAGGGUGAUGAAGGUUCUAGUAGAAGACGCACUCUUCCUUCUUUUUUUCAUACUCAUCAAGACAACGUCAACAUGUCGUCAUCAUCUUCAUCAACAUCUUGGAGGGACUUUGACAACACGAUGAACGACGCUGCUCUUGCACGUGCAGGACCAAGUACUUAUGGUACUACUUCUGCUACUUGGUCUCCACUUUAUAGUCCUCCUCGUGGUACAAUAGGUCUUUUUGAAGAUGAUCGUCCAAUUCCAUAUCAUAAUGCACCUCAUUCUGAUUUUCUCACUGAGCCUCUCGAUAUUCCUAGCAUGUUAUGUCGUCAAGAGCAUCCUAGGACAAACUUCAACAUAGGAAGACACGAUCCUUCUCCUGCUUCUAGAUCCGCCUAUGCAUCAUUUCUAUAUCCCUCUACAACAACAGGUGGAGCAAGAGGUUCUUCUUCUCGAAGCACAAGCCGGAGGCAGAACAACAACAAUAACGUGGACAUCUUUGAUCUUAUUCAUGAACAACGAAUGGAUGAAGCAUAUGCUGAAAAUAUGAUAAAUGUUCAACAACAUGCAAGGUUAUUGCCAGGAGGCCGUGUAAAUCGAUUUAGUGUUCCAACUAUUAAUCUUGGGAUGCCUAGCAGUUUUGUACCACCACGGCAACCACCUCCACCUUCAGAUCCAUCAUUGAGUAAUUACAUGCUAAAUCCUCCUCCACCUCCUCCUAGAUCGAGGUUUAGCACUGUUGAACAAACUGGUGAGUACAUGCAGACCAAUUCAACAUUCGCAAGAUCAGAGAAUCCAUCUCGUCCUGGCGGUAAUAACCGCAUUUUCAUUUCAACUUCUAAUGAACUUAGGGAAGAGAGGAACGCUCUCAGGGAUGAGAUUUUUAACACCAUACAUCAUCUUCGCAACGGUGGCUCUGCGCGUAUAGAGGACUUGCUUUUACUUGACUGCUCAAUUGUCCUAAAUCUAUUGGACUCUCAAGAACUCAUGGAUCAAAUGAAUGAUUCAGAUGACUGGCCGUACGAGAUAAUUUCGGCACUUGAGAGUGAUCAAUGGGAGAGUGUUGAGACAGGACUGACAGAACAAGAAAUCUUCAGAUACAUUCAACAGGAAACUUAUCGGAUCAAUCUUGAGGAAACAAGUACUCAGAAUCAAACAUGUACCAUAUGCCAGGAGGACUAUGUGAAGGGCGAGAGAAUCGGCAGACUUGAUUGUAUGCAUAUCUUUCAUCUUGACUGCAUCAAACAAUGGCUGGAAUUGAAGAAUGUCUGUCCAAUCUGCAACCAGACAGCGCUAGAAAUUGAUGAAGAUGAGGAAGAAACGUAG